ACCAUUUAUGGGGAAGUGAGUUCUGAGCUGCUCUCCCUCUCUCUCUCUCAGCGGCUUAUUUUGAGCUUUCUCUGCUGAACAAUCUGACACUGAGCUGAUCUCUCCUCUCCUCGGCAGUUCAAAGCCAUCAACGGCGAUCAUGCCCUGGUCCUCUCCCCUCCGAUGCCCCUAUCACUCCCGCGGAGACCGCCGACCUUCCACCGACGCCGUCAAGCUCAGCUGCCGCUCCGCCUCGACGCUGGCUGCCUGAUCGACAUGCUCAGCGAAUCCCCUCCCUCCUGCCUCCGCCGAAACCUCCUCCUCUCCUUGCUCUCGCUUCUCCUUCUGGUUUCGGUCUACUGCCUGCUCCUCCUCGGCGCGGAUGAUCGCUCUCCCCUGUCUCUUGGCCGCUCCUCUCUCUACUGGAACUCCGCUGCUGGUUUCCCCUCCGUGUUCCUCCCAUCUCCGGUCGUCAAUCUCUCUCAUGUUUCAGAGGAGUACAAGCUUGAAAAAGUUCUGAAAGCUGCUGCCAUGAAAGAUGGAACUGUUAUUUUAACAACUUUAAAUGAAGCAUGGGCAGUUCCUGGUUCUAUCUUUGAUCUGUUCCUUGAGAGCUUUAGAAUUGGAGAUGAUACUCGUAGGCUUUUGAAACAUUUGGUGGUCAUUGCCUUGGACAUGAAGGCUUUUCAAAGAUGUCUCGCAGUACAUUCCCAUUGCUUUGCCCUUGUCACUGAAGGAGUUGAUUUUUCGUCGGAGGCAUAUUUUAUGACUGCUGACUAUCUGAAGAUGAUGUGGAGAAGGAUUGACUUCCUAAGCACUGUUCUUGAUAUGGAGUACAAUUUUGUAUUCACGGAUGCUGAUGUCAUGUGGUUUAGGGAUCCAUUUCCUCAAUUCUUUAUAGAUGUAGAUUUUCAGAUUGCAUGUGAUCAUUACACAGGCGAUUCUGAAGAUAUGGAGAACAGACCCAAUGGGGGAUUCAAUUAUGUACAGUCCAAUAACCGGUCGAUAGAGUUCUACAAAUUCUGGUAUUCUUCCAGGGAAACCUACCCGGGAUACCAUGAUCAGGAUGUCUUUAACUUCAUAAAGUAUGAUACUUUCGUCACAGAAAUCGGCCUCAAGAUAAGAUUCUUGGACACGGCAUACUUUGGGGGAUUUUGUGAACCCAGCGAGGAUCUAAAUCAAGUUUGUACAAUGCACGCGAACUGUUGUGUUGGCUUGGACAGCAAGAUUCACGAUCUUAGGAUUUUGCUUCAGGAUUGGAAAAGAUAUUCAUCCCUUCCUCCAACUUUAAAGAGGUCAUUGAUUACAUCCUGGAGGGUUCCACAAAACUGCAGCCUAGAUUCACUCCGUCAGUAUGAUGUGCCUAUGAAUAAUACCCAAUAAAGAUACAGGAUUUUACGCGAUCGGAUUGUAGUGUGCACCUCUUAAUAUCUAAGAGUAGCAGCGACCUGAGAAAAGUUGCAAGCUUGGAGUCCCAGAAGUUUUACUCUUUGCCCGGAAGCAGCUCUAUGCAGGUCUGCUUGCAGAACACUGCCCUCCGCUAACUUUUCUUCUGGAAGUUUUUUCUCUCUCUGGAAACUGCAAACAAGAGCAGUUACAGGAGCAGUUACGUACUUAACACAGCGUUCGUUGGAUCCAUUCAUGUAAUAUGAGUUUAUCAACCUGUACAAUACUAUAUACUAGCCUAGGAAUUGUUGUUCCUUUAUGUUAGAAUACGAACGGACAAAUGUGAUAAGACAACGUGAAUAACCAGUCUUGUAUGGCCCAAGUUGCUUUGAGUUGAUUUCAAUAGUCAAUAUAGCUGUAUGUGCCUACAGUUAUCAUACCGAACCGGACAUUAUAUGGGGA